CCGCGACUUCCACAGUCACUUUGCCGUGAACUACAGUUACAGGAGACACCAGGGAAGAAUUUAGAGCGGCGGAUACACUCAGAAGACUCUACGAGCACUUUACGUUUACAUAUUUUACUUAGGAGCACACGAGCAUACUUUUUUUGCCGUCUGAAGUUUUCUUAUUUUUUUUAAUCGGAACAAAUAAAGCGGAGACUACAACCAGCAGCUCUCCACCGCUUCAAACUUCAAGCUAUAUGUAUUUGGAUCUAACUUUUCUUUCCCGUUGCCCUACUAUGGUCAUAAUGGAGGUGCCCACCAUCGACUGUGCGUUCCUCCGUGGUCUGUUGGAGGCCGACGCUCCGGGCUGCCUGGUGCUGGACUGUCGCUCUUUCCUAUCCUUCAACGGCUCCCAUAUCGUGGCCUCCACCAACGUCCGCUUCAGCACCAUUGUGCGGAGACGAGCCAGGGGCGGCCUGGGACUCGAACAUAUUGUCCCUAACGAGGACACCAGGAGCCGGCUCCUCUCCGGCGAGUACAAAUCGGUGGUACUUCUGGACGAUCACAGUUGUGACUUAAGCCACGCCAAGAAAGACGGGACUUUGAUGCUGGCUGUGGCAGCCCUGUGCCGGGACCCAUGUGGUGCAAGUGUCUUCAUCCUAAAAGGUGGAUUUGACGCAUUUUCUCAAGAUUAUCCAGACAUGUGCACCAAGCCUUCUCCCUCACAGGGGCUCAGUUUACCUCUGAGCUCCAGCCACCCAGGAAGUGCAGACCCGAGCUGCAGUCCAUGCAAUACACCACUUUAUGAUCAGGGAGGUCCCGUUGAGAUCUUGCCCUUCCUGUACCUCGGUAGCGCUUACCAUGCUUCGCGAAAAGACAUGCUGGACAUGCUGGGGAUUACGGCCCUGAUAAACGUCUCUGCCAACUGCCCCAACCAUUUUGAGGACUCCUUUUUGUACAAGAGCAUCCCUGUGGAGGACAACCACAAAGCAGAUAUCAGCUCCUGGUUCAACGAGGCCAUUGACUUUAUCGAUUCAGUUCGAAAUAACGGCGGUCGUGUCUUCGUCCACUGUCAAGCGGGCAUCUCCCGGUCGGCCACCAUCUGCCUCGCCUACCUCAUGCGCACAAACCGCGUCAAACUGGACGAGGCCUUCGAGUUUGUGAAGCAGCGCCGCAGCAUCAUCUCGCCCAACUUCAGCUUCAUGGGGCAGCUCCUCCAGUUCGAGUCACAGGUGCUCGCCUCCUCUACCUGCUCGUCAGAGGCUGGAAGUCCGGUCAUCGGCAGCGGCAGCACCGUUUUCAAUUUCCCAGUGUCCAUCCCGGUGCACUCGUCCGCCAGUCAGCUCUCCUUCCUCCACAGUCCCAUCACUACCUCUCCCAGCUGCUGAUGCAGAAUGGGACGUAAACAUCUAGACUCGAGCAACAACUUACAACUGGUGACUAUUAAACAGUGGUGCUGGUAUCACUGCAACAAACAUAACCUUGUAUCCCGACGUCAAUUUAAGGACAGACGUGGCAGCUACCAACGAGCAGUAUUGAUGUGUAACUGCGCAGCGAAGCUGUUGGAUGUUUGUGGAAUGAUUCUGCUGCGUGAAGGCAAAUGCUUUUGAUAAUCACAAUCAUGACUUAAUAACAAAUCAGAGGGCUAACAGCAGUCUCAGGAAAGUUGAUCUCACAAAUGUCUCUAUUUUGCUUCCUCGUUAAGGGAUCCAAAACCUAUGCUGACAAGUUACUGCUUCAUUUGAAGAACAAUGAAUGUACCCCCUCUGCUUAUUGUGGAUGUGGCAGGCGAGGCCACUUUCAAUGCAAAUGUCUGCCUUUGCUCGAUGUGACGAUCCUGACAUGAUGGGGAAACUGACCAUUAAAUACCUCAUGUUUCUGUACUGUGUACUGCAAGCCCUGGUGGGCGGGUAGUCUACAAUGAUUGCUAUGUGACAUAUUUAUUGAACUAAAGUAAUAUAUUUCUCUAGUGUAUCUAUUUUUUUCAGAUGUUCAUUUCAAUGUUUUUAUACCACAGAAUAAAAGUGAUGCGACUUUGUACAAUUAAAAGUGA